AUGCCGAAAGAUGAACGAAAGCUACGGAUGAAGAAAAAAAAUCAACAACUAGGCUGCCCCGACAAUGAAAUGAAGACAAGAUGGUCUAAUUGUGAUCCUGACCCAAAUCACUCCUUUCCACCACCACUAUCAUACUCAAAGUUGUUUCCCAAC